CAUCCGCGCCACCAACACGCCGUACGCAGUGUCGGUGCUGUCGUACACCGUGCACCCGGAGUACGAGCACACCACCAUGCACAGCCUCGCCGUCGUCGAGCUGGACGUCAGCGGUGAAGCAUGUGAGUCAAACACGGACUAAGGAUACACCAACACGCCGUACGCAGUGUCGGUGCUGUCGUACACCGUGCACCCGGAGUACGAGCACACCACCAUGCACAGCCUCGCCGUCGUCGAGCUGGACGUCAGCGGUGAAGCAUGUGAGUCAAACACGGACUAAGGAUACACCAACACGCCGUACGCAGUGUCGGUGCUGUCGUACACCGUGCACCCGGAGUACGAGCACACCACCAUGCACAGCCUCGCCGUCGUCGAGCUGGACGUCAGCGGUGAAGCAUGUGAGUCAAACACGGACUAAGGAUACACCAACACGCCGUACGCAGUGUCGGUGCUGUCGUACACCGUGCACCCGGAGUACGAGCACACCACCAUGCACAGCCUCGCCGUCGUCGAGCUGGACGUCAGCGGUGAAGCAUGUGAGUCAAACACGGACUAAGGAUACACCAACACGCCGUACGCAGUGUCGGUGCUGUCGUACACCGUGCACCCGGAGUACGAGCACACCACCAUGCACAGCCUCGCCGUCGUCGAGCUGGACGUCAGCGGUGAAGCAUGUGAGUCAAACACGGACUAAGGAUACACCAACACGCCGUACGCAGUGUCGGUGCUGUCGUACACCGUGCACCCGGAGUACGAGCACACCACCAUGCACAGCCUCGCCGUCGUCGAGCUGGACGUCAGCGGUGAAGCAUGUGAGUCAAACACGGACUAAGGAUACACCAACACGCCGUACGCAGUGUCGGUGCUGUCGUACACCGUGCACCCGGAGUACGAGCACACCACCAUGCACAGCCUCGCCGUCGUCGAGCUGGACGUCAGCGGUGAAGCAUGUGAGUCAAACACGGACUAAGGAUACACCAACACGCCGUACGCAGUGUCGGUGCUGUCGUACACCGUGCACCCGGAGUACGAGCACACCACCAUGCACAGCCUCGCCGUCGUCGAGCUGGACGUCAGCGGUGAAGCAUGUGAGUCAAACACGGACUAAGGAUACACCAACACGCCGUACGCAGUGUCGGUGCUGUCGUACACCGUGCACCCGGAGUACGAGCACACCACCAUGCACAGCCUCGCCGUCGUCGAGCUGGACGUCAGCGGUGAAGCAUGUGAGUCAAACACGGACUAAGGAUACACCAACACGCCGUACGCAGUGUCGGUGCUGUCGUACACCGUGCACCCGGAGUACGAGCACACCACCAUGCACAGCCUCGCCGUCGUCGAGCUGGACGUCAGCGGUGAAGCAUUUCAGCUGAUACCGGUGUGCUUACCCCUUCAACAAGACAAGGUACAGGACUCACAACCCGAGAAACUGUACCUCAUCGGGUACACGGAUGAUAAUGAAAUUCUGGAAAAAGUAAUUUACCAAAUACGACCCAUGAAAAAUAAAAUUUGUGAUGACUUCUAUGAACGAACGGGGUUUUCAGAGCAGGGCAAUAUCCCAACUGCGUCCGUGUGUGGGUACGCGCCCUACUCCUCCAUCAAGUGUCAGUGGGACGACGGCAUGGCGCUCGUGUCCAACGCCACCAAUGGAGUCUUCACUUUGAUGGGGCUUAGUAUCCACGGCCCCGGGUGCACGGCGCCGGCGCGGUACAUCGCUCUGUCCCCCUACGUGAGCUGGCUGCGCCUGGUGACCGGCUCCGACGCGGACUCGCCGCAGCCGCCGCAGCCCGACCAGCCCGCCUACAUCCCUGCGCACAAACUGUUCAGAUCAAACCAAACUCGACGAAAAGGCGUGGAAUACUAUGUUCUUGGUCACGAUUUUAUUCCUCAUCUCUCACUUAGAGGAUUACCGCUGGAUCACUACUAUAUUAAGCCUAUCGAAAGAGAUAACAAAACCCUUGCUAUAUAUCCAAUUGAAGAAAAGUUCGAGAUAUCUCAUGAUGACUGCAACAAGAGACGAAUGCUAAUGUACCGCGAGGAGUUUCGUCUCGACGCCCCCGGCACACAAGGAAACAUCACUUAUAAGUUGUCCCUGUACGAUUUGAAAAACUUGUUCUGCAAAUGUGUUACAUUGAAUGUAAUUUGUGAAGAGCGAUCCUACGCGUACCUUUCGUUUAGAGAAGAGUUCGACUUCGUAUCGGGAACUGAAGAUCUUCAUCCAAUUGACUUCAACGUUUAUACGUACGGAUCAGUGCCUAUUCGUACCGCGCCACCAGGCAAAAACGACAAACCUAAAAAGAAAACGGACGAUUUAUCAAACUACUACCCGAAAUUCAUCACUUUCGAAACCAAAAAAGGAACCGUACUAUCUAACGAGUUGUAUCUAACGUUUACAUAUAAUGGGAAAGCCAGGCUUAUCUUCAAAAUGUUUGGAGCUCCGAUUGAAAUGACCCCUUAUGAUUUGGAUACGACACCCCGACCUGUGCGGAGAUACCUGGAGGAAGUUGAAGGAGAACAUUCCUGGGUCACUCGUCCAGACGUGAUGCACCGAGGAGUCGCAGACACGCUGGUGGCCGACGAGCACGAGCCGGUGAGUGUGGGACGCCGCCUCGCGGCUACUCCACUGUGUGUGACUGUACUGUGCUUGCUCACCAUGACUUUAUCUUUGAACACAUUGUUAUACAUACGGUAGCUGUUCACUAUGUGUAGCAUAAAAACAUUUGAAAACUGAUAUUGUUGUAUUGAUC